GCUGCUUUUCUGGACAAAUGAUCUCUAAGCUUGAACCUAACCAGAGGGAUAUAGUACAAAGAAAAUUCAACAAGGCUUGGCUUACUUUGUGUUAGCUGGCUUGAGAAAACGUAAAACACCAGUCAGUGUCACGCCGCCGGGUAUAUCAACUUCUCUUUUAAGCUGUGCUUUCUGCUUCAUGCUCCGUGCCCACGCAUGUAACAAGGGCUGCUACAAGGCCCUUUAAAACAGGAAGUAGCAUGUGCUGCAGUGAGCUUGAAUGGUUUCCCACUGCGUUGAGCAAGCACAGUGCAAGCAUGCUAGCCAGGUGUGGCACAUGAUGAUAAAGUGGUGACUAAAACUCUAUAAAGGACAUAACUAAUAUAACAGCAGGUCAGGGUUAAUCUUACAAUUUUCUCUGGUAAGAAGUCAAAAUCCUUCAUAUAGAACUCUGAAGUUACCUGAAGAGAUGAGAUCCUGCUUCAUAGUACAGGCCUCAGGGCAACAUUUCAAAGUUAACGUGCAAAACAAUCAGUAUAUAUGUAUUUGUAUGUAACUGACAAAAAAAGGAGAGAAAAGCGUCCAAACACUUCUUGUGUCAUUCCAGAGUUGAGAUCGCAGGUUAUGGUGCCAUCACCGGACUAGCUAAUGAGAAAAGAAAACCUGGUAAAUCACCCUCUCUUCACUGUGCAGAGACUGAGGUUGUCAGCUGUACAGAGCUCAAUGAUAUUUUACAGAAAAAAUUCCCCGAGGUCCACCGAGUCAAGAGCUAUCAACACUGGUUCUGUGGACAAAGUCCUGGGAAAGAUAUAUGCCGAGGAGACUCUGGUGGAGGAGUGGUUCAUAAUGGCAGGAUUUAUGGGGUCUCUUCUUUUGUGGGAGAUCCGGACUUUGUAUGCAGAGCACCGGCUGCCUUCAUGGACCUCUGUGAUCCUGAGUAUGCAGACUGGAUCAGGAAAACUAUCAACCCAUAAAAAGCUGUGAGGUGUGGAUGUAAACAAGCUGAAAUAAAUAAUCUUUUAGAGUUUAGCUUUGCAAAAGCAUGCAAAACGUAACGGAAGUUGAAUAAAACACAAUAGAAAUAGAAAAAAAUGCCACAAAGCUGAAAAACU